AAAUAGAUUCUUGAUAUAUUUAUGUUUUAUACUCUCGUUUUAACAAGCGAACCAGUCACAAAAUGCAACUACUCGCACUUAUAAUUGGCAUCUUCAGCCUUCACUGUGCUUUCGGCGCGCAGUGCAACAAACCGGAAAAAGAGAUCAUGGCCCAAUGUAUGCAGAUUAUUCAUCCGGAACACGGCGAAUUACUUGGAAAUACAGUCAACCUCCCUCAACAAUACUUGCAACAAAUAUAUACCCUUCUCAAAGACGUUCGGAGGGAAAUUACUAAUGAACAAUUUACUACCACUACUAAAAAGCAUUGCCUCGACAACUUACGUACUCGUGUUGAUGACAUAUCCAAAUCCUACAUGACCAGAGUAAUUACUGUUGACAGUAAUGUUAAACAACGUUUUAUUGACACUAACACAGCGUUGGGAAGUGCCUUGGUAAAAGCAUCGCAGUGCGAGGAGAACCAUGAUGUUUCGUGUGAGGUAAUACAGUCCUGUUGUACCAACGUUAAGAAUGAACUGUAUGCUCAAAAAAGUAUCAGUUCUGGAAGCGUAACCAACUUCUUAGUGGAGUUUACCACUCAGUUUAGUAAAGAAUGUGAUUCGAUUUUAAGUAGCAUUCGUAAUCUACAAGCAGAUUUAAAUAGUUGCAAGACGGGGGUUACCGAACGGAAAAAAUCUCGAAUCGAAGCUGUUAUGCUGGAUAAGACUCUCAAAUCUCAAGCUAGUACAUCUGUCAUGACAAGUAAUUUACUGGUUAGUUGUAGUAUUUUGUUUGUAGUGUUUCGAGCUAUGUAUUAAAUAUUUAAAUAAAUAUAAAUUAUUAACAUGUGA